AUGAAGAUUGUGCUGGAAGACGAGGCAGAUGUUCGGACCAGUCCGUUCUCGUUGGCAUAUGGACCACCAGGCAGGAUGCGGAAAAGCUCGUAUGAUCUGGUGGUGCGCGACACUGUGAGCGAUGAGUACGUCGCUGAUCGGGAAGGUCCUGGCGAUGAGCGCCAUGAUGAUGGCUCGGAUGUUACCGUUGAAUGUGAAGAGGGUGCCGAUAAGGACAACAGUGGAGGGAGCAAUCACAACUCCAAAGGUGCGGGCGACGCCGAUGAAGAUGUUAGAAAUGAAAGGAGAGACGAUGAAUCCGGUGCUACGAUCACAUCCGACGAGGUCUUCGGUCAUAUUAUGACGGGCGGCAAGGACACUGAGUCCAUGAUGGGAGGCAUUGACGGUACUGAUGAAGCCACGGGCGCUAACCAAGAACCGGAGGUUGCAAUGGAAGGAGGCGUCAAUGUCGGGGUCGUGGCUGAUGGCAGCGAGGCUUCUUCAGGCGUCACGGUGGAAGCGAUCAACGACUCCAUCCCUGCGACGCAUGAUAAUGAGGACCCAGAUACUAUCAUGGAAGAAAAUCCUGGUGCCGCCACAAAGGAACGUCAAGAUCCCGAUGUCGAGAUGGAGGAAAACGAAGACUCUCGCGCCGUUGGGAAAAGGAAACGACGCUGCUGA